GCUUUAAUAACUGGUUGAACCACUUUGGCAACAGUAACCUCAAGCAAGUGCUUCCCGUAGCUGUGUAUGAGACCUGCACAACGUCCAGGAGUAAUUCUGGACCAUUGUUCCUCACAGAACUGCUUCAGAUCACCCAUAUUCUUAGGACAUCUGGUGCGAAUGGCUCUCUUGAGGUCAUUCCACAGUAUCUAUAUUGGGUUGAGGUCUGGGCUUGACUGGGCCACUCCAAAAGAUGGAUUUUAUGUCUCCGAAGCAAUUCUGUAGUAGAUUUACUUCAGUGUUUUAGGGUUAUUAUCCUGCUGCAUCACUCAGCUUCUUUUGAGCUUCAGCUUUUGGACAGCCACCUUGAGAUUAUCCUGUAGGAUAUCCUGAAUAAACUUUGGAAUUCAUUUUCCCCUCCACAAUGGCAAGCGGUCCAGAGGCAACAAAGCAGUCCCAAAUCAUGAUGCUCCCUCCACCAUUCUUCACUAUUUUCAUUUGCAUCAUAGGAAUUGCUGCCAGGGCAAAGAGGCGUGAGAGAAAAAGGAUGAGAGUAAAGCAGCAGUGAAUGUAUGAUGGAUAGAGAUGGCGAAAGAGUGGGAAGAAAGAAAGAAUAACACACAACACUGAGCUCCAAGUCUGGCUUCUCCUGUGUUCCUGAACCUGACAGAGAAGUGGCAAACUACGCUGACAACUUUAGAAAGAGAAGAAAGAGACAUUUAACUCUGAACCAGAAGCAGUCUGCCAGGAUCACAUUCAACAUCUCUGCACUGGAUCAUGGUCCUUCAGGCCAGCGGUGUCAUGAGUAUCCCAGCUACUGUGAGUGUUGAUAACCAGCUACCUGCUUCCUGGACAACCCACUACAACUGCACUGAUGUGACUUCCAGUUACAUGAGCCGGCUCUGGUCUCAGGAUCUUCACCCACAAAACUGGACCAAGUACCAGGUGUGGGAAUGGCUCCAACAGACGCUGGACAUGCACCAAAUCGAUGCCACCAGCAUUCCCUUCCAGAACUUUGACCUUGACGGGAGGCAACUGUGCAACAUGAGCUUCCAAGACUUCACCCGAGCGGCCGGAUCCGUAGGUUCCAUUCUUUUCCAGAGCCUGACUGACCUCAAGUGGAAUGGUCAGUAUGGUCAAACGGAUAUGUUUACACCAGGGGACAUUAAAACAGAAAUAGAGAAUUUCCCUUGUUCAAUCCUCCCCUUUAAGGAAGAAACCAACUUUUACAACACUUCAGAACUGUUUGACAUCAAAAGCUCAUUCCAGCCCAACACCAUAUUAUCCUCACCAGCUCCGUCAAGCCCAGAUCCCAAGCGGUCACAAGUCAAAAGACACAACCCUCGUGGGACGCACCUGUGGGAGUUCAUCCGAGACAUUCUCCUGAACCCCGAGCGCAACCCCGGCCUGAUCAAGUGGGAGGAUCGCUCCGAGGGAGUUUUCCGCUUCCUUAAAUCGGAAGCUGUGGCUCAGCUUUGGGGCAAGAAGAAGAAUAACAGCAGUAUGACCUACGAGAAACUCAGUCGAGCGAUGAGGUAUUAUUAUAAACGAGAGAUCCUGGAACGGGUGGAUGGACGUAGACUUGUCUAUAAGUUCGGCCGAAACGCUCGAGGCUGGAGAGAGUCUGAGAAGUGAAGGACUUUGUCUUCACGUGUAGCUUCCAAGUGAAACCUGUAUUUAUAACAUUAUAGCCAUUUGAGUUGUUUUUUGAAGUACUUGUCUGUCAACUUGUUAUUAUUUGAUUAUAUUUUUAGAUGCUCUUUACAUUGUUUACAUUACAAAUGUACCAUUAUUUUAUAUGCGUUUGACUCUGAAGGCAUAACUGUUUUUGUAUCAACUGUGCGAAGCUGGUUAACUGGCUUUUGGAAAUGAGAAACCAACUCCAGCUUUGCUUUUAAAUAGCUUCAUUUGUCUUGAAUGCAGGGACCUGUUCAUAAAGUAGAAUGAACUCAGUUUAGAGUAGACACCCUGGUAAAACAGCAAAGGAGUUGGAACGAAGGACUAAGAUGUAUAAAAACAAAAAGCACUAGCUUGUGGUCUUUAUUGAUGUGGCUGUCAAUGUACAUCAUGAACCACAAUGUAAAGUUUUUAUCAAUGCUUGUUUAUAGGUUGUGUAUUUUAUAAUUAAAGUUAUUUAAAAA